AUGAAACUCGUGCUUCUGGCUGUUACAAUACUCAAGAAACAUGUCACGUUAUGGAAAAACAAGGUCAAACUCAAGUCAUCAUUCAUCUGCAAAAAGAAGAUCGAGUUCAACACUGGCUACAUCAACAAAUGCAGACAACCCGCGCACAAGUCAUCAACAGCUGGCAAGCCGCAACCAUCCGCCACAACUCUCAUGACACUUUGCGUAUUCAACAAUUACACUCGUGCAUGGGUUAACGUACGAUUCGGAACAAAUCCGAAAUCGGAUCCAGCAACGUUGUUGUUUGAUUCUGGUUCCUCAAUGACGUGCAUAAGCGAAGAAAUCUACGAAAAGAUUUGCACAGCUAAAGGAGCAAGCCAAGGCACGGACUGUUGCAAGGAGGUAUCUAUAGAGUAUUCUUGCAUUGAAGGAAUUAAAGGGAAACUUCAAAGGAACACUUUUACAAUUGGCAAUAUGACAAUCGAAGAUCAAGAAUUUGCACUCCUUGAUAAGCACGAAUACAAGAAGUUACGUACUUCCCUUGAAAUAUACUUUGAAGGGAUCAUAGGAUUCGGAAGAACAAUGGACAAAUGUGUCAUAGGUGACAAGGACUACAAGGUUGUAUCCGUUCUCGACAAUUUAAUGCAAAAACAAGGAGGAAACCAUAGUACAAUUGGUCUAAACCUGAAGAUUCCCUUAAACAACAAGGAUAAAGUAGUGAGUGAAGUACACAUUGGCGGAUACACACAAUCAAGUGAAGUCACAUGGAUUCCAAAGGGCAACUGGAACUAUGACAAUCCUCUUUCCUUCGAUAUGGGUAUCUCAUAUCAGACACGACCCAUCACAUCAAGGAUGUAUCCAACAUUUACGGAUACUGGCUCACCGUUCAUAACACUUCCAAAGCAUAUUUUGGAAAAUUACAUCAAGACAGUAGAAUCGAUGUCGAACAACAAAAUAAAAUUUGAAUACGACGCUAAUUUCGCAUUGUAUCAUAUAUCAAAGGAAAACUAUGACAGACUCAAGGAUGCAGAGCUGAAUUUUGACGGACGGAAUAAAACGCUUCCAAAGCAUAUACUGUUCAUACCAUCCAGUAGAUUAAAACGAUGGGUGCCAAACAUAACAGAAGAACGCUUGUAUCUCAUCUUACAAGCUGACUUUUAUGAGACUGCAUUUGAUUAUAUAGUCUUAGGUCUUUCGUGGAUGUGGAGAUAUUACCUCAUUGCUGAUAUAGAAAAUUGGAGAGUCGGAAUAGCGGAGGUUAAAGGGAAGACAGAUUAUAUUUGGAAAGAGCUUUGUCAUGAGUAG